AAGCAUCAUAUAAUGUCAGAACUGCCAGCUGUUCUUUUCCAGCUGGUUAAGACGUUGCCAGGAUGAAGACUUUCACUGCCGUAGUCUUGAUAGUUGCAGCCCUCUGCCUGGAGCAAGUUUCGUCCUUGCACUGUUACACGUGUGAAAAAGCAAAAUCCCACGAGGAAUGCACCAAGAACAGGUGUUCGGAUAUGAACAGAUAUUGCGUGUCAUUGGCCCACAGAGGUCCUGGCAGUGAGCUUUCCGUCAGCAAGUGGUGUGCAGACGUCUGCCCAAGCAACUUUGAGAUCAAGGGCGGCCAAACCGGCAUCGAGACCAAUUGCUGCGUUUCCGAUUACUGCAACAGCGGUGCUCCCAGCACCGUGAAAACCAGCUAUGCUCUCAUGAUCAUGGCGAUACUUGCCAGCUUUGCCUGUAUCUUCCGGACGGGGCUGUGAUGGGGGUGGGGGUGGUAGAGAUCUCCAAAUGUCUUUUUGGAAGCUGAUGGGAAGCACUAAUCUCCACGUCUUUUUUUUUACAAGGCCUGAUUCUGGCUUCGCUGAGAGCUAUGCUACAAACAUGAUACGGGAUGCUAUUGCCUUUUUUUGUACGUGAUGGAGGCGGGGGGCCGCCAUUUUCUGUAACGCUCGCCGAUGCGAAAAAAUAAAAACCUCUCUGCGUGCCA